AUUUUUUAUAUAUUUUGUCAUUUUUUGUUUGACAUAAGUUUUGAGGUUACAAACAAAGUUGUGCAAUAAAAGUCAAAAUUUAAAUUCAAUUUAAAUUUAUUCACUAUCAAUUAUAACCAACUAUAUCAGCUUAAAUAGGCUUGUGGAUUAAGAAUCAAAAUGAAUUCUAUAACUAAAUCCAGUGUAGGUAUAUUGCAAAUUCAAGAUAUUCAGAAAAACAUCAAAGAACCUCCUGCUUGCAGCCAAAACAUUUCAAAAGUCUUGACGAUAAAUGGAAAACUUUUAGAUCAAGAUGCAAGUCUCGAUUUAGCAGAGCUGUUUCCUCCAGAAGCCCUAGGAGCAGAAAAUAAAAUAAAUGAGACAAGCUGGACUUGUAAACAUUGCUCCAAAACAUCUUACAGCAUAUCUGAUUAUGCAAAACAUUUAAAAACACAUUUUAAAUUGAAGAGCAAAUCUGUUGAUGGGGAUAACCAGAAAAUUGAGUGUGAUAUUUGCAGUAAAAAAGUUGCACAAAUGUAUCGACAUUUGCAACAGCAUACUGGAGAGUUCGCAUGCCACUUGUGUUUAAUGAAUCACAGCCGUAAAACCUACCUCACAAAUCAUCAAAAAACAUGUAAAGAUGGAGACGGAAUCAUUUUACAAUGUGUUAUUUGCAAAUUAAUUGUUGAAACGAGGAAUGAACUUCGAGAACAUCUAAUAAAAAGUCAUUGUGAACCUCCAGAUAUAAAAAAUGAUGUCGUUGUAGGAAAUGGAGGAUGUGAUAAUAAAAAUCCUUCUAUAUUUCCUUGCUCAUAUUGCAAGAGAUCGUAUUCGAGGAGAAGUUUGUUGAGUAGACAUGUUAGGACGAAACAUAAUAUAUAUGGAUUGAAUGCCGAUGAAGAAUGUUUAAUAUGCCAUGUCAAAUUUAAUUCUGUGCGGACAGCUUUGAGACAUAAACAAAUUCAUAAGAAAGGAAAGUUAUUCAAGUGCUCGGAGUGCGAUCAGUCUUUCCUUGAUGCAUCGGUUCUAAAAACCCACCAGCUCAAACACGGCCUGGGCUCAUACACUUGUCCUUACUGUGAUGCAGUCGUCCGGUACAUCCAAUCUCUAAAACGACACAUCACCCAACUACACAAAAGCAAAAUCCAUGAAAUGAUGUUCCUGAACUUUGAAGAACUAAAAUGCACAUUGCCAUUGAAAAAAUAUAAAAAAACAAAACAAACUCAACAACAAAAUACUAGUUUUACACCGAUACAAAGUAAAGAGCUAUUAUUAAUCGAAGAACCAUUGGUGGAUACGAAUGUAUUGGAGGAUGCUGGAGAUAAUUUUAUUUAUGAUGAUAAUUUGUUGAAUUUGGUGAUUGAUUAUCCGAUUGAGCUUUUGUGUACGGAAGAUUUGAGCCAGUUUUCAGUGGAGGAACGAGGUGGUGAAAUUUUGAAUGCUGAGACGACUGUUGAUGCUGGUUGUGAUUUUUAUGUUGAUACGAAUACUGGACAGUUGGUUGUUUAUGAGAAGACGUAG